CUUCGGACGCGGUGUUGGUGAACCGUUGCGUGGAGGGACACCGGAAUGCGUGCAGACAAAUCACCAUCACCACGUGAAUGCUCGCGGGCAUCCAACCCCCCCGCACCGCACCCCCCCCCCCCCCCCCCCCCCCUCCCUCGCGCAGUCUCCUGCCACUGUAUAAAAAGCCACAGUCACCACGCAGGGAGCACGAAGGAAGCUCAACCUCCCAGGAGUAUCUGUCUAUCCAACAACCAUGAAGGCUGUAGCUCUGAUCCUUGCUCUGGCGGUCAUCACUGGCUGCAAUGCCCGUGCUGUGCACCAGGCUGAUGCCGCCACACUAAAAUGGGAGGAAACUGUGGAUCGUUUCUGGCAGUACGUCGCCGACCUGAACACAAAGGCUGAUGGAGCCGUGCAGGACUUCAAGGCCUCUCAGCUCACCAGGGAGCUCAACACUCUGAUCACCGACAGCAUGGCAGAGCUGACAGCAUACACAGAUGAAAUCAAUACUAAGCUGACCCCCUACACUGCGAGCUCCACUGGACAGCUGUCUCAGGAUCUGCAGCUUCUGGCCAACAGACUCCAGAAGGACAUGCUGGAUGCCAAGGAGCGCAGCACUGAGUAUCUGGGUGAGCUGAAGACCAUGGUCACGCAGAACUCCGAUGACGUUCGCGGCCGCAUCAACUCGUAUUCCCACAAGCUGAAGAAACGCCUGAACAAGGACACUCAGGAGAUUCGCAACACCGUGGCCACCUACCUGGGUGAGCUCCAGUCCCGCACCUCCCAGAACUUCGAAAACAUGAAGGAGAAUGUUGAGCCCUUUGUCCAGCAGGCCGGUGACACCGCCACCAAGAAGCUGAGUGACAUCUCCACCAUUAUGAAGACCCAGGCUGAAGGCUUGGGCCAGCAGCUGGAGAGCCAGGCUGAAGGCAUCAAGACCCAGCUGGAGUCCACCGUCCAGGAACUGCGCACCUCCCUGGAAGGCAAGAUCGACGAACUGACCGAGAUGAUCUCCCCCUAUGCCGCCCAUAUCCGUGAGCAGGUUGAGAACAUCAUGGAAAAAGUCAAGGAGACCACCAUUGCGUAAAGAUAGACUCUGAUUUCUUAAUACCCUGGUAAAGAAGGGGGAAAGGUGGGAGUUGAGAGUUACUGAUGGUAUCUUCAUUUGGGUGCUCUAUUGUUCAGGAUAAGGGGGGGUGAUGAGAUGGAGGGGGAUGAGGUGCGUCAGCCACCAGACAUCUGUUUGGGUUCUUGACUACAUAGUCAGCCUUUCUUCUCCUAUCACCUCCCUUGAUCACUGAACACAAGCUCCCCAGUCAGUAACGGCCUUUAAUACACAAACGGGAAACAAUUUUUGGUAAUUUGCUUCGCUAUUAACGGUUUUGUAUUGAGCUUCCUACAUUUUGUUUGGUUGUAUACAUAACUGCUGUCCUCGCAGCGAUGGGACAUCAUCCCUAAAUGCAUUAAACACAAGUUUAUUUCUUCUCAAUAAAUGCACUGAAUAAUGAUUAUGAUCAAAAGAUGGGGGCACCUAUAGGAACGUGUCUGCUUGUUCUUUCGAGAGGUGAACCACUACAUUGCCCCUCUGUAUUCUCUGCAUUUCUUGUUGUUGUGCUUCACACAGAAGAAGAAUGUAAAACUUGAUGCAUCUGUUGACGAUCAGUGAGUGUAAUGCUGCCUGUCUGUUCUCUAGUCUGACUAUAGUGUCCCUUGUGUGUCAUACGCCCACCAUGCUGCUCACUGUAAGCACACAGUGCUGAACAGUGCUGAGUGAAUAAAGAACUUAGAAAAGAU